GGAAAAUUGUCUCUGCCAUUUCAUCUACAAACAGAGCCUAUAGAGUUGGUCGCAGUUUGAUAGCGGGCGGAAGCGUGACGCUUCCCCAUACUUUUCUUUUGCUUGGACACCCUGAAAUCUACCGAGUGGCACGCAGUAUGGAUCGUGGAAAGUCUGGACCGGGCAUCCGGGGAACGAAGAAGCAACAGCUUAGCCAUCCGCAAGCAGAGCUGUACGCGCUCGGUUCGAAAUCGUCCGUCGGUGGUUCGCGCGGUGACGAUGGCAAGUCUCGUAUCGUCGUCGGCAGUGUCGGCGGGGUCGUGUCGGAACGCAAACGGGAAGCAUCGGGCUCGAUGGCGCUUGGCGGUGCCGGCGGCCCAGCGACAACUAAAAAGAUCAAACUUACCUCCGGUGCGAGCUCUUCGGUCGUCGGCGGGGUCACCUCCGGGCUCGGCACUAUAGCAAGCUUGGUGGGAACGAGCAAAUCCUCUUCCGGUGGAGACAGUUCCAGCUCCAGCAGCGUCCUCGAGUACUGGGAACAGUGCGCGAUGGAGUGCGAAUCGGUGGACCUGGCCGCCACGGUGCUGGCGGCGAUCGAACAGCAAGACAGUGACAGCGUCGUGGGAUACAUUUGUGGCGCCAUAAAGCUACUGAUAUCACCGAAAUCCAAAUCCGAAUCCGUACUCUCCCUUUCGCUCCUUUACCUGGCCCGCCUACGGCCACAUCUGUUCUGUAACGAGACAAUCACGUCGGCACUCGUCGCCGUCCUCAAGCGAGACGGCAGCGGGAAUGCAUUCAAAGGCCGCAACAAUCCCACAAUGCACAUUCUCGCGUGCAAUCUGCUGGCACGUGGCUACAGCGAUAAGAAACAGUGGCCGGAAAGCUUCAUCCGCACGUACAUCGACGACGCGAUCAACGACCGCGUUUGGGUGGACUACGAGGAGUGCGCCCCGUUUACGGACAAUAUUGUGGCUGCCUUCGGUACGAAAAUCCCGCCCAAAUGGAUGCUCCAGCCGGAACUGAGCACCCUUAAUCCGACCGCACGCGACAGCUCCCUUCCGGACGACGAACACUCUACGGACAGCAGCGGGAUGUUUGGCGAUGCGCUCGGGAAGGACCCGGAAGCGAACCCGCCCCGCUUUGGGCAUAUGCGGGAGCAGCUCGAACGCAUGGUGAUGGACGCGGUGAAGGAUCAACUCAAUCGCCGCCAGGGACCGGAGUGUUCGACGAAGAAUUUCCUUCGCUUCCUGUCGCUCGCCUGCGGCAUCCUCGAGGUGCGUGCGUUCGUGGUGCCCCGGUUGGAGAUGUGGAUCCACAAUGGAAAGCUGGUGAAACCGGUCCAAGAGUUGCUGACGUUCCUGUGCUACAAUGUAACCGGACAGAACCCGAAGGAGCACGAAGUGCUGUCUAAUCUCGCCAAGGUUCGCCUGAAGUCGAAACCGCUGAUAAACAUCUUCAUGAUCGGGCUGAAGGAAAUGAUCAACUGCCAGCCGGACAUACUGACCCCGCUGCUGAAGUACGUCGUGCAGAACGAACUGUCGAACGCACGCAAUCCGAACAACAUGGGUAUGCUGGCGAUGAUGUUCCAGACGAAACCGACCGAAUCGGCGGCCAACUUGGCCGAAAUCUACCAGGAAUUUCUGCUCCAACGUGAGGACGUUCUUCGAACGUUACGCUUUUUCUUGCGCGAACUGGUCAAAAUGCUUCGGUACGACAUUAAUCUGACCGUGUUCUGUAAGGUCCUGCUGCAGAGUCCCCGGGCCGACCUGUCGCCACAGAUCGCCGGAUCGGAGUUUCGCGAUCGCAUUUUCCACUCGAUCGUCGAUCUCGUGUGCCUGUGCAUGUUUCUCUCCGUAUCGCCACAGAUCCGCGAAGCCAACGUGUCGAUCCGUAGUGGCCGUGAGACGAAAAGUUCGCCCGCCCUCAGUGCGUUCUAUCAGCAGCAGUCGAUGAUUCAGGACCAGGCACUCGCGUGGAUGAAGGACGUUGUGCCGCGGGUGUACAAACCGAUCGGGGCGACCGAUUACAAGGCGGCACUGCACAAACUGCUCCUGCUCGAUUCGCCCGAAGCGUACGCCAAGGGUGACCAGUGGCCACCGGAACCGGAGCGGGCUCCACUGUUGCGUAUGGUAUCGGAAAUUCCACUGCAGCAGAAUCUGAUGCUGUGCAUCCUGCUGAUCGGCAUCGAAAAGGAGAUCCCAUUCUCGAUCCAAGACACGAUGGAAAUCACCGAGCAGCUGGUACGGAGGGCGGGUGCAUUGCGCCACAUCGACUACCCGCCGCUUGAAAUCACGGAACUGAAGAUCAUUGAGCUGCUGUUCAAAAUGUCCGAGUAUCACCAUCCGGACAACAUCGUGCUCCCGGCGAAUUAUCAGCCACCGAAUUUGGCCAUCUCGUCGCUUUACUGGAAAACUUGGAUCAUCCUGUUGCUCAUUUCGGCCCACAACCCAUCGUCGUUCGGGUCGUUCUGCUGGGAGCAGUACCCGAUGCUGCGCGUGCUGAUGGAAAUGUGCAUCACCAACCAGAUCGGGCCACCGAAACCGACCGACGAGGAGCUAGCGGUAGCCGGGCUGGAAAAGACACAAAUCCUAGAGUUCGAGAACCAUCUUGCGUCGAAUCCGAUCACCGAGCAGAACAGUCUCCUGCUGUCGCAGCUGAUCCUGAUGGACCCUCGGGGUGUCGCACGCCGUCCACCGAAUCCGGUGCUAGAUCAAAUCCAGCAGCUUAACGUGAGCCACCGGCUGGGGCACCUGCUGUGCCGGAGCCGUAAACCGGACCUCCUGCUCGAGAUAAUCCAACGCCAGGGCACAUCCCAGGCGAUGCCUUGGUUGGCCGAUUUGGUGCAAAAUUCCGAGGGUGACUUUAAUCACCUUCCGGUGCAGUGUUUGUGUGAAUUUCUGCUCGCAAACUCCGGUAGCGCAAUCGUGGAAUCGAGCCGCGAGGCGGAACUGCUGCUUUACCUGCAGCGCGUGCUCCAGCAGGACGAAACGGGCGAACAUCAGGCGAUGAUCGGGGAAAUCUUGGAGUACUUCCUGCGCCGCCUGUCGUCCUUUUCGAGCGCCUCCCGCCAGUCGGCGAUUCGUGGGCUAAAGUUGCUGUUGAAAGUGUUCCAGGAGGAGCACGAUCCGGGCGCGACGGUACCGAUCGAGGCGAACAAUAGCGAUUGGUUGCUUCGCUAUCUGCCGAUGAUACCGCACUUUCCGUACGUGCGCCCGAACGUGAUCGUGCAGCUGCGGGCCGCCUGCCAGGUGGAGAACAUCCCCGAGCUGGUGAUGGUGUACAUUCAGUUCGUCGCGGCGCACACCGCGAUGGAUGGCGAGGAAGCGAUGCUGGAGCACGUGAUGGACAUGUCGCAUCUGAUCGUCGAACGGACGACGGUGUUUGCCAACAUCAUCCCGACCGUAGCGGACCAGAGCGAACAGCGCGUCCAGACGCUCAACUGCUUGUUUGUGAUGUUCAACAACUUCCUGAUCAAGCUGCGCGACGCCAAGUGCAUCCCGCACGCGUUCACCGAGUAUCCGGAUCUACUGUUGGUUCAGUUUGCCGACGAAAGCCAGUGCCACAUCCAUCUGAACAUAAUCCAAGCGUUCGUCAUCCUCCUAACGCACUCGUCGUUCAUUUCGGUCGCUGGACAAAUUCUCGAUUAUUGGUUCCCCGAAGGUUCGCCCCCGCCGCAAGCGUUCACCGUUGACGGCUCGUCGGAGCCCGUUUCGAUCCUUCCCGACUGGUUGAAGCUGAAGAUGAUCCGCAGCAGCGUCGAGCGGUUAGUCGAUGCGGCCCUGCAGGGCCUAACACCCGAUCAGAUCGUGCUGUUUGUGCAGAACUUCGGUACACCGGUCGGUUCGAUGUCAAAGCUGCUGGCCCUACUCGAUCGGGCCGUGAUCGUACAGUACGAGGCAGUUAAUGCGGCGAUCCUCAACAAGAGCUACCUGGCGCAGCUGAUCGAGAUCCAGCAAGCCCGGGGCGCGAAGAAUGGGCACAUUUCGGUAGAAGCGUUGGAACUGCUUCCAUCGCAGCAAGCGGAGGUAGCCGCAGAAGCGCGCAGAAUGUCGGUGGAUGAGUCGAGUCAGGGCGAGGUGGAGGUGAAAGAUACGAAACUUUUCCCCGCCCAAUCGGGGGGCGAUCUGAUGGAACCGUACCGGAUUGAGUUGCUACCAUCGGGGGCGGGCGGUGCAUCCGGCAGCGAUUCGUUGCGCCGUUCCGCUUUCUCCGACACAAUACCACCGUCCUCCGGUGGUUCGAAAACGAAGGAAAUCGAAGAGGCGGUUGAACUGGUGCUGACAUGUCAACUGAAGCAAAACCGGCACGCUAUGGGCAAGUACCGGAAGCUUAUCCAACGGCUGCUGAACGCUGCCUCUAAGUCGCAGGAGUACACGGCGAACAAAUCCAUCGCGUACCUGGGCCGGUUGAUGAAGACCCCCCAGGGACAGGGACUGCUGAAGGGGUUGGUGCAGAACCCGCAGAUCGUUUGCUUCUUCCGGGCGCUGCUGGAAACACCGGUGGAAAAGUUUGAGAACCUCAACUAUCUGCUGCACGUGCUGGAUGAGAUCAUUCGGUGUGUGAAUCCGAUCGCCAACACGGUCCUGCUGGAGGUGCUCGUGAGCAAGCGGUCGCAGCUGAUAAGGCACGCUCAAAAGGAGGCAAGCGUGGAACAGCAACCACAUCAAUCAACGGGCGCCAGUACCGGCAAUCUAUUGGAGGUCCUUUCAACGAGCCGAUCGGCCGAUGUGGAGCGGAAAGGAAUGCAACAACUGUGGCGCACGAGCCGCGAGGAGCUGAUCAGUGUGGCGUCGACGAUGCUGAAGGGACGAGGUGGUGGUGGUGAAGCGGUCGUGCCCGGUACCCUCGAAGGGGAGAAGUGUGGUCUACUGGUGGAUUGGGUAGCUGAUGCCGACUCGGAGCUGAUACGGAUCAACAAGGAGCAACAAAUGGAGCUACUGUUCAGCAAAAGCUUGUCGGAUUCACGACCGUACCUGCUGUCGCUCCUAAGCCACCAGGCGAGCUGGGCCACGUUACAUCAAACGGUGAACUUGUUGAUGGAAUCGUUCAACGCGUCCUACGAUCCGACCUCGGUGCUUGACUUUAUCGACACACUCACGCGCAACCCGCGCCUCUGGCAGGGCCGGGAUAAGGCUGUCCCGAAGCACGAACAGAUCGAGUAUAUUGUGACGCUGAGCGAAACCGAAUCGUGCAACUUUAUCGAUUACAUUCUUGCAGAAGAUGCCAGAGCGGGUCAGGUGCGUCGAUUAAGCCAGCGUGUGAAACUCCUGCUUCAGUGUUUGCCCGGGAAAUUUAGCCACUUGGCGCCGAUGGUUGCGUACGUGGACGGGAACCGGGGACCGUCGGCGAAGAAGUUUCUCCAGCAGCUGUACCUUAACCUUCCACCGAUGAAAUUCAUCCUUCCUUCCGUCGGUCCGGCUAUCUACGAGGACGAGGACGUGCACGGUGUCCCCGGGGGCUGCAUGGCGGACAAGUUUACCUACUUCAUCCUCACCACGAUCACAUGCCUGAACAAUCCGCGUGACUUUCAAACCAUGUCGGCCGAGAUGGAACUGAUCGUGCGUAAGCUUGCCGCGUCCCAUCCGACACUUUUGCUGCGCCAGUUGUCCGUGCUUGGGUCGCUGCUACAGGGGCGGGCGCACAUGGACCUCCAUGUACUCCGCUCGGAGUACCACUUUCACCUUUUCCAUCAGGUCAUGGGCAUACUGGAGCUGCUGGCCCCGCUCGUGUUUCGCGAUUGCUACCGGGAAGGGUUGCAUAACGGGCUGGAUUGCUUUUUCCAGCUGCUGCGCCACCAUGGCACGUUCAAGGAGAGCUACACGCUGAUCUUCCGUUUCGUGGAGUUCCUGCAAGCGUACAUCGGGGCGAACCCCUCGUCGGCGAUCGCAUUCGUCGAGCGGUACGGUGACGUGCUGACCGAUCUGGCCCAUCAACACUUCGACCUCCACUCGCUGCAGCAACUUGUGCAGGGUCUCUCGAUGUUACGGCCUUCGGUGUUGGCUGCCCGUUCGGAGGGAGUGAAAAAAUCGAACGAUGCGAUGGCCGAUUUGGAUCUUUUGGUGAGUAGUGCCGGAAUCGGCAAUCCUAGCAGCGAUAGUCAGGCCAUUUCGGAUACCCCCGCCGUCGCCAAUGCGGCUGUGGGACUGAUGCUGGCGCCGGCAAUCCGACACGAUGCACUGCCGAUCCACUGGGCGGAAUUGGUCGGUGUGCUGCGUUCGCGCGACAUCGAUGAAAUUGCCGUACCGCUGAUGGAACUGGAUGCACUGACCGUCAAGCGGCCCGCUCUGCUCGAGGACAUCUUCGACGACGUGAUCCGGUUCGUGCAGCACACCUCGCCGCCCGUACGCCAGAUGGCGCACAAUCUGGUUGCCCGCUGCCUGAAGCAGAAUCCGGGCAGCUUUACCACGAACGGGACGGCUCUGGUGGCGUUCGUGCAGUGUCUUAACCAUGACGAUAUCGCCGUGGCGCACAGUGCCCUGGACAAGACGACCGACUACACGCUGUGUCUGCAGGAGCACGCCCAGCAGAUACUGACGGCUGUGUUUGAGCUCGGAAUCGGCAGCCGGAUCAAUACGUUCAAUGCGCUACGACGGUGCAUUCAGGCCCUCAAAAAGCAACACGCAUGUUAAGCAGGGGGAGAGCAACCGUUUUCACAAAACAGUAUGCCAUGAAGCGAGAAUAAUGGAAGUACAAUUUCCCAGCUGUAAUCACUGUAGAGCAAUAUGUAAUGCAAGAUGAAGUAGAACAAAGUUGGCAGCGCAUAAAAAGUGGAACCAAUAUACAACAAAACAUAUUUUAUUGUAAUUUUUUAAAUCGUGUACGAAGAUUAAAUAAUAGUGUAUGACAUGUUUCAAG